AUGGAAAUCCCAGGGCUGGAAGGCUUGCAUACCUGGAUCUCCAUCCCUUUUUCUUUUGUGUACACUGUGGCUGUUGCAGGCAAUAUCCUCUUGAUCUUCCUGAUCAUGACUGAGCACAGUCUCCAUGAGCCCAUGUAUCUCUUCCUAUCCAUGCUGGCCUCAGCAGACUUCCUGCUCUCCACCGCUGCAGCCCCUAAGAUGCUGGCUAUCCUCUGGUUCCACUCUACGGAUAUAUCCUUUGGUAGCUCUGUGUCUCAGAUGUUCUUCAUACAUUUCAUCUUUGUGGCAGAAUCUCCUAUUCUCCUGGCAAUGGCAUUUGACCUCUAUGUGGCCAUCUGUUACCCACUGAGAUACACCACCAUUUUAACCUCAUCAACCAUCAGGAAGAUUGGCAUAGCAACUGUGGUCAGGAGCUUUUUCAUCUGCUGUCCGUUCGUCUUCCUGGUAUACCAACUUACAUAUUGUGGGAGAAACAUCAUUCCUCAUUCCUACUGUGAGCACAUGGGCAUUGCCAGAUUGGCAUAUGGCAGUAUCAAUGUCAACAUCAUUUAUGGCCUCACUGUGGCCCUACUCUCUACAGGACUGGAUAUAGUGCUUAUCAUUAUAUCCUAUGUAAUGAUCCUUUACGCAGUGUUUCAGAUAUCUUCCUGGGCUGCCAGGUUCAAGACCCUUAGUACGUGUGGCUCUCACAUCUGUGUCACACUUAUGUUCUAUGCCCCAGCAUUCUUUUCAUUUCUUGCCCAUCGCUUUGGAGGUAAAACCAUCCCUCACCACAUUCACAUUCUAGUGGCCAAUCUCUAUGUGUUGGUGCCCCCCUAUGCUAAACCCCAUCAUUUAUGGGGUGAAGACCAAACAAAUUAA